AUGCGUUUCACGUCCGUUACCGCCUUCUGCUUCCUCGCAGCCUCCAGAACUCUACAUGCUGCUCCGCUGACCGGUCGUGCUGAGUUCCACGUAUCUCGCGGAGUCCCCUCGCCUGGCCCUCUGUCCUGGACCUCUGACGGAGCAGAGGAUCUGAGCAUCAGCCUCGGCACUGCCGCUAAGGCGGCUGGGGUCAUCUCUACCGCUCUGCCCAUUGUCGAGCAAGUAUUUGGACACCUUUUUGGUAACAACAACUCGUCAAGCCGGCGCGACCUCCUGGGACUAGAGAAGCUGCUGAAGAGGGAGGGCUUCCAGCCCGUCGUGCUUUCUCGCCAGAAUCCCGACUCUGAUGAGAGCGGCGCUAUAUCCCUCAAAACACUCUCUACAGUGGCAAGCGCUGGCUCUACCAUUGUCGGUGGUCUCUUGGACCUAUUUCACCACUCUGGAAACAGCACGAAGCGCGACGAGUUCAUAAAUGCGUUGCUCUCACGCGACACACCCACUACCGCUGCUACUGAGAGUGGUGCUAUCGGUAUCGGUGAUCUCCUCAAGAUCUUUAACAUCGGCGGCGAUAUUGCUAAUGGGGUCGAAGGUUUGCUCGGCGGCCCAUUCCACCCUCUCAGCAGCAGCUCCGACAAUCAGCAGCGAGACCUCGUCAAGCUAUCGAGUCGUCAAGUAGUCGCAGAUGAUAAGAGCGAGGCACUUAAACUUCCCAGCCUGUCAGACUUGUCGUCUAUUGCCAGCCUUGCGUCGUCUGGUGUCGAUAUCGUAGAACAGCUCUUCGGACACUCGUCGAACAGCACGCGGAGACGCGAGCUCACUGAAUACCUCCUCCGCCGGGCUGCUGACUCGACAGAGGAUGCCAGCGAAGCAGUUUCUCUCAAGACCCUAGGGACUCUCGGCAGUCUCGCAGGGAGCGCGUUCAGCAUCUUGCAUGGCCUCUUCGGAUCUUCGUCGUCGAACAGCACGCAGGCCCGCGAGUUUGUGGAGCUGCUCGCCCGUAGCGCAGCAGACGCCGGAGAGGAUGGUAGCGAGGCAAUCUCCUUCAAGACCCUUGGAAACAUUGGCAGUAUAGCGGGAAGUGCGGUUAGCGUCCUCGGUGACCUCUUCGGACACUCGUCUUCCUCCAACAGCACUCAGCGCCGAGAACUGUUUGUCCGGGAUAACGCACCGGAUCUGAGCACGAUUUUGAAGGCUCUUAACGCUACUGCCACGAAGGUUUAG